AUGCAAAUUCCAGGAAGUGAAGAGGACGAAGAAGCAAUGCAGCAGCUGGUGUUGAAUGCGCAGAAUUUGAUGCAGUCGGUGAAAGAUACUGUACGAGCGGCCGAAGCAGCAUCGAUCAAAAUCCGAACAAACAGUGGUCUACGACUCAGAUGGAUCCGUAAACCGAUGUGGUCGAACUUCUAA